GGGUCUGACAUCAGUGAAGUAGGGAAGGGAGCCCGGGCGGGAGCAGCUUGCCAGGGAAGUAGUGCAGAGCGGAGGCCUCGGCCGAGGAGGCCGGAGAGACCCACGCCGAGGGGGCCGGGGGCCUUUGCGGGCGUCGCUGUCUGCCCCCGCCCGGAGUGGUUUUUCCGCGCGGGGGGAGCGCCGGCCUUUCUGGAGUUGGCACGUGAGGAGAGCCGCCAGCCCAGUGCCAUGUAUUGGAAGAGCAACCAGAUGUUUGUGUGUAAACUCGACGCCAAGGACGUGCCGGCGCUUCGCAUCGAGGCCGAGAAGGUGAGCGGCUCCUUCCCACCCAGCCAGACGCCCGCGCCUUUGGGGACCGAGAUCACUCCGGCUCAAUCCCACCGGGGAGCGGAUUCGACUUCGGCGCGCCAAAAAGCUGCCGCCCACUUGUCUCCGGAGUAGUUCCACUAGCUGUUUUCGUGCCGAGAGGCUUGUUGAUCGCAGGGAUUAUUUUUCCAGUCACUGCGCCCUGUUUGGGUGCUCCCUCCCCCCGCCCCCGGCACCCUUGCCCGCCCGGCUGAGGAAAAAGCGGCACCCCGCUUGGCAAAGACCUUCAGGGAGAGCGACGGCGACUUCGCUCAGGGCACGCCAACGCCGUGUAAACGCCUGACUCGCCAGAACCAAACAGCGAGUGAGCUCGGUGGAGAUCCGUCUUCAGGGUGGGGAAAAGGGAACGGAGCCAAGGUUUUGAGUGUGGAAGACUCUGACACUACUUCAGCCUCUGGAGUAGUCCCUUUCAGUUUAAGGCAUGAGGAUCCCCCCUUCCCCCAACACCCCCACCCCUGCUGAACUAUUUUAAGGCAAUCAAUUCUGGCGUUUCAGUUCGUGGCGAUCAACAAGUCAGGGGCACGAUCCACAAAAUUAGCUCUGUUGAUCUCGAUGGGCCUACUCCGGGUUCCCCGGGCUCAUGGCUGAGGAAUGCGGGCGAGCAGCAGGAGCUGCUGCAGCCGCGGCGGCGGCGACUGCAAGGAGGAAGAGCGCGGGAGAGACGGGCCUGGUGAGCCCCGAGGAGGCCGGAGACGAGGAUUCCUGCUCGUCGUCGGCUCCGCUGUCGCCCUCGUCGUCGCCCCGCUCCCUGGGCUCUGGGGGCUGCGCGCCCAGCAAGUGCGUCUGCAACAGCUGCGGCCUGGAGAUAAUCGACAAGUACUUGCUCAAGGUAAAUGAUUUGUGCUGGCAUGUACGCUGUCUUUCUUGCAGUGUUUGCAGAACCUCUCUGGGAAGACAUACCAGCUGCUAUAUCAAAGACAAAGACAUUUUCUGUAAACUUGAUUAUUUCCGACGGUAUGGAACCCGUUGUUCUCGUUGUGGUAGGCACAUCCAUUCUACUGACUGGGUCCGAAGGGCUAAAGGGAAUGUUUAUCAUUUGGCAUGCUUUGCCUGUUUCUCCUGCAAAAGGCAACUUUCCACAGGGGAAGAGUUUGCUUUGGUUGAAGAGAAAGUCCUCUGUCGUGUACACUAUGAUUGCAUGCUGGAUAAUCUGAAAAGAGAAGUAGAAAAUGGAAAUGGUAUUAGUGUAGAAGGUGCUUUAUUAACAGAACAAGAUGUUAAUCAUCCAAAACCAGCAAAAAGAGCUCGGACCAGUUUCACAGCAGAUCAGCUGCAGGUAAUGCAAGCACAAUUUGCUCAGGACAACAAUCCAGAUGCACAAACACUCCAAAAACUGGCAGAAAGAACAGGCUUGAGCAGGCGUGUGAUACAGGUGUGGUUUCAAAACUGCAGAGCACGCCACAAGAAACAUGUGAGCCCCAAUCAUUCAUCCAGUACACCUGUCACAACAGUGCAGCCUUCUAGACUUUCUCCACCAAUUUUAGAAGAAAUGGCAUAUUCAGCAUAUGUACCCCAGGAUGGGACCAUGUUAACUGCCCUACAUAGUUAUAUGGAUGCUCAUUCGCCUUCUGCUCUUGGACUACAGCCUUUGCUACCCCAUUCAAUGACACAACUACCAAUAAGCCACAGCUAAUUCAUUUAUUUCAGGGACAUGAGACUAAGGAGGUACUCUUGAGUCGCUUGUUGUGUUCUCAUUGAAAAUCAGUUAAUCUUUAAAAAAAAGCAUCCAAAGCAUUUGAAGACAAUUUUGUUUCCCAGGUAUGUAAGUAUAGUUGGCCUGCAAGACACUUUUAUGGCUUCUCCAUAAAUAUGUUUACAAGACUUGCUAAAAAGAAACAUUUUUUUUGUAUUGUCUGGAAGUAUUCCAUUAUAGUUAUGUGUUUAAUUUAUUUAUCAUCAAAAGAGCACUUUGCCUAAAAGACAUGACUGACAAGUGUACAAAAUGUUUACAAUUCAUUGUGAAAUUGUAGUUCAUCAUUAGUUUGUAUCUGUAAGUUAUUGCUAUUAAAGUAUUAUCUGUAUUUGAGUUACAUGCAGCCUAUACUUUGAAGCUUAUGUCUGUGAGCUGGCAAAAACUUCAGUUGCUAGUGUUCUUCAAAUGAUCUAAAUAAAAUCUUCUGUUGUAGCAUGCCAA